AUGUUAGUGGAGGUACUGGGUGACACGCUUGCUGAUGUACGGACGGAUGUAGAUGCUGAGACCCUGGUUGAAGUACUGGGUGACAUGCUGACUGAUGUAUUUGUCGACGGACUAGCCGAGGUACCAACUGAUGUACUUGGCGAGGCACUGGUUGAGACUCUAGUUGAGGUACUGGGUGACAUGCUGACUGAUGUAGCCGAGGUACUGACUGAUGUACUAGGUGAGACACUGUUUGGCGGAACAGUGGGUGACGAAUAGGCACUGGUUGAGACACUAGGUGAGUCACUGGGUGAGACACUGGCUGACGUACUGGCACUGAUUGAGACACUGGCUGACGUACUGGCACUGGUUGAGACACUAGGUGACGUACUAACAGAUGCACUGACUGAGACGCUGGUUGAGACACUGGCUGACGUACUGGCACUGGUUGAGACACUAGGUGACGUACUAACAGAUGCACUGACUGAGACACUAGUUGAGACACUGGCUGACGUACUGGCACUGGUUGAGACACUAGGUGAGUCACUGGGUGAGACACUGGCUGACGUGCUGGCACUGGUUGAGACACUGGCUGACGUACUGGCACUGGUUGAGACACUAGGUGACGUACUAACAGAUGCACUGACUGAGACGCUGGUUGAGACACUGGCUGACGUACUGGCACUGGUUGAGACACUAGGUGACGUACUAACAGAUGCACUGACUGAGACACUAGUUGAGACACUGGCUGACGUACUGGCACUGGUUGAGACACUAGGUGAGUCACUGGGUGAGACACUGGCUGACGUGCUGGCACUGGUUGAGACACUGGCUGACGUACUGGCACUGGUUGAGACACUAGGUGACGUACUAACAGAUGCACUGACUGAGACGCUGGUUGAGACACUGGCUGACGUACUGGCACUGGUUGAGACACUAGGUGACGUACUAACAGAUGCACUGACUGAGACACUAGUUGAGACACUGGCUGACGUACUGGCACUGGUUGAGACACUAGGUGAGUCACUGGGUGAGACACUGGCUGACGUGCUGGCACUGGUUGAGACACUGGCUGACGUACUGGCACUGGUUGAGACACUAGGUGAGUCACUGGGUGAGACACUGGCUGACGUGCUGGCACUGGUUGAGACACUGGCUGACGUACUGGCACUGGUUGAGACACUAGGUGACGUACUAACAGACGCACUGACUGAGACGUUGGUUGAUGCACUGGCUGAAACAAUUGUUGAGACACUGGUGGAGACACUGGGUGAAACACUGACUGACGCACUGGUACUGGGUGACAUACUGGUACUGACUAAGGGACCUACUGAGACACUAGUUGAUGUACUGGGUAACACACUGGUUGAGAUACUAGUUGACGUACUUGGUGACACACUGGUUGACGUACCAACUGAAGGACUUGCUAAAACACUAGUUGAUGUACUGGGUGACACUCUGACAGAUGUACUUGGACUCAUUAAAAUACUGGGUGACUUGCUAACAGAGGGACUGGGGAAAAUAGUGAUUGUUGAGCACACACACACCGUUUCCACAGCAUUGGUCGUACCUAAAAAAGUAAACAGUUCUUAG